CGACGUAUUUCUCAUCAUUUUGUUAUUUUAAAACAGGCUGUUAUAGGCCUAAAGUAUUGUGGACGCGGCAGUCACGUUGACUAGUAGUGGCCAUCACUUAUUGCAAGCUGACACGAUGAGCUCCGUAAACGUCAAGAAGUUGAAGGUAAACGAGCUGAAGGACGAGCUGAAAAAGAGGCAGCUUUCCGACAAGGGGCUCAAGGCUGAUCUGAUGGACCGACUGCAGGCCGCGUUGGACCAGGAGGUCGAGGCCGGCGGAGGCUUCGUCCCCUCGGGGGACAGGGAGGCCAAUGGAGCCGGCGAGGAUGGAGAUGGAGGUGGAGGUGGAGGAGGCUCCGACAUUGGAGACGACGAGGAGCUGGAAGAUGAUGAUGUGGUGGGGGAAAGCAUGGAGGCAGAGGAGGAGGAUGGAGAUGCGGGUGAUUAUCCGGACGAAGGCGCUGGACAGCAAGACGAUGGUAUGGGAGAGGAGGAGGAGGAGGAGGACGCAGGAGUUGAAAUGGAUAAAUCGGACGAGGAUGAAGAGGAGAUGGAUAAGUUUGAUGAUGAAGACGCUGGUCUGGGUCCGCUGCCCGGGGAUGCCGGAGCGAGGGAUGAGCAGAGGAGUAAGCAGGGCGUUAAGAGGCGGCGGGAGGAGCACGGCAGGGCCUACUAUGAGUUCAUUGAGGAGAGCAAGUACAGCCGGUCCAAGUCCCCCCAGCCCCCACUGGAGGAAGAAGACGAGGAGUUUGAUGACACCACCGUCUGCCUGGACACAUACAACAGUGACCUCCACUUCAAGGUGUCUCGCGAUCGUUACAGCGCCUCAUCCCUCACCAUGGAGAGCUUUGCCUACCUGUGGGCAGGUGGACGAGCGUCAUACGGAGUCGACAAGGGGAAGGCCUGCUAUGAGAUGAAGAUCAUUGAGAAGAUCCCUGUAAAGCACAUCUCCAGUAAGGGCUCUGAUAUCCAUGAAGUGCUGGUGGGAUGGUCUCCCGCUGGAAGCACCUUACUGCUGGGGGAGGAAGAGCACUCGUAUGCCUUCUCUACUAAGGGGAAGAAGACGACCAACUGCACUACAGAAGACUACGGGGAAUCAUUUGAUGAAAACGACGUCGUCGGAUGCUUCAUUAGCCUGGAGGGUGAGGAGGUGGAAAUGUCGUUCUCCAAGAACGGGAAGGAUCUGGGCGUGGCCUUCUCGGUGCCACGGGACGCUCUGAUUGGCCAGACGCUGUUCCCACACGUGCUCUGUCACAACUGCGCGGUGGAGUUCAACUUUGGACAGCAGGAGUCUCCCUUCUCUCCGCUGCCCGAGGGCUUGGCCUCGUUCCCCUUCCUCCAACAGGUGCCCUUGGAGGAGCGCGUACGAGGCCCCCGGGGGCCCGAAACCAAAGACCAGUGUGAGGUGAUAGUGAUGGUGGGGUUGCCGGGAGCGGGGAAGACCUCGUGGGUUGCCAAACACACUCAGGAGAAUCCCGGCAAAUACAACAUCCUGGGGACCAGCACAGUACUGGAGAAGAUGAUGAUCGGCAGCUUGAAGCGUCAGAGUAAGGACGUGACGAAGCUGACGGCCAUUUCCCAGCGUGCACCUCUCUUCCUGGGCAAGUUCAUCGAGAUCGCCGCCAGGAAGAAGAGGAACUACAUCCUGGACCAGACUAAUGUGUCGGCCCCUGCCCAGAGGAGGAAGAUGUGCCUGUUUGCUGGUUUCCAGCGUAAGGCCGUGGUGGUGUGUCCCUCCGAUGACGACUACAAGUCACGCACGCAGAAGAAGGCCGAGACCGACGGCAAAGACGUCCCAGAACACGCCGUACUCAAAAUGAAGGGUAUCUUCACGUUGCCUGAGGAGGGCGAGUGUUUUAGGGAGGUGCGCUACGUGGAGUUGGAUAAGGAGGAGGCCUCCGCGCUCCUGGAGGUUUACAAGGAGGAAAGUCGGAGCUCACUACCCCCAGAGAAGAAGCCGAACCCGGGGGGGGCCGCAGGAGCAGCCAAGAGGGGGGGCAGCAACCGGAGCAGGGGGAGCAACAAGAACCAGUUCAGUAGAGGAGGAGGAGGAGGAGGAGGAGGAAGAGGAGGAGGAAGAGGAGGAUUCCAGAACAGGGGCAACUUCAGGGGAGGUCCGGGUCCGCGUGGGGGUUUCAGCCGCCCCCCUCGUGGCUUCCUGCCGCCCCAAGGGGGGUUCAGGGGGGGGUUCCCCAAUCGAGGGGGGUUCGGGGGUCGUGGAGGUCACGGGGGUCACGGGGGAGGCAUGAUGCCCAACCACGGAGGAGGAGGGGGAGGAGGAGGAGGAGGAGGAGGAGGGCACAGGGGGGGGCCCAGGGGGGGCCCAGGUCAUCACCGUGGCAACAUGGGGGCCAUGGCACACCGCGGAGGAAACAUGCACAGAGGCAGCAUGAGUGAUAGAAGAGGAGGAGGAGGAGGAAGAGGAGGAGGAGGCAACUUCAACCAGAAGUUCCGCGGGGGUCGAGGGGGCAACAACCGCGGCUUCAAGAACGGCAACUUCGGCAUGAACAACAAGGCCCAGGCCUUCAACCAGAGCUGGCAACAGGGGUUCUGGAACCAGAAGCCAUGGAAUCAGCAGUAUCACCCAGGAUACUACUAAGCACUGCGGAGAGGAAGAGAUGGAGUGAGAGAGAGGGAGAAGAGACAGUGAGAGAAGAGAGAAAAGAAGAGAGAAAAGAAGAGAGAAAAGAGGAGAGAAAAGAGGAGAGAAAAGAGGAGAGAAAAGAAGAGAGAAAAGAGGAGAGAAAAGAGGAGAGAAAAGAGGAGAGAAAAGAGGAGAGAAAAGAGGAGAGAAAUGUAGAG